GCGGCGCAGCGGGCGGCGGCGGCAGCGGCUAUCCUCGGGAGCUGCUUGCUUUUUUUAAAGGGUUUUUUUUCGGUUUGUCCUGACUGCCGCCGGUGCUUAUGGAUAUCUGUAUGUGAAAGGCGGGGGAGUGAGCAGUAUUUGCCGCAUAAUGGUAUUAAGAAAAAGACUAAAAACGGUGCCUUUUUAGCGGGAGACUGAGUGCUGCCGGUGCCUUGUAGCCGUAGUGAAAGUUAGCAUCAAGAGGCUAAUGCUAGGCCUUCCGUUAGCUUGGGUUUGUCAGGACACUUUAUUGUUUUAUUCCUCUUUUGUUCUGCUGCUUCUUUUAUUUGCUGGCUUUUCUUUACAUUCUGCUGUCUGUGGUGAAUAAGUCAGUGAAAUGAAGAGAGUGAACAGCUUCCAGAGGUUCAUGAACAGACGAGCCUCUGCUAACUGCCGCUACCAGCCCACAUGCUACGAACACGCCGCCAACUGCUACACCCACGCUUUCCUUAUCGCGCCGGCCUUCGUGGGGAUGGCGCUGCUUCACCGUCUGUCCGAUAACCGCUGGGAGACCAUCACCGCCUGGGUCUACGGCAUCGGACUGUGUGCUCUGUUCCUCGUAUCCACCGUUUUCCACAUCAUCACCUGGAAGAAGAGCCACAUGAGGGCUGUUGAACAUUGUUUCCACAUGUGUGACAGGGUGGUCAUCUACUUCUUCAUCGCUGCCUCCUACACUCCGUGGUUGAACCUCCGUGAACUGGGCCCUUUAGCUGCUCACAUGCGCUGGUUUGUGUGGUUGAUGGCGGCUGCAGGGACCAUCUACGUCUUCAACUACCACGAAAAGUAUAAACUGGUGGAGCUGGCCUUUUAUUUAACCAUGGGUUUCUUUCCUGCGUCCGUUGUCACUUCAAUGUCGAACACCGAGGGUCUCCACGAACUGGCCUGUGGCGGACUCAUCUACUGCCUCGGCGUCGUGUUCUUCAAGAGCGAUGGCAUCAUCCCGUUCGCCCACGCCAUCUGGCACGUGUUCGUGGCGCUGGCGGCGGCCGUGCACUACUACGCCAUCUGGAAAUACCUCUACAGGAACCGUGGCGACAGCGACCACGCCCUCCUCCUCGACUCAUGACCUGACGCCCACGCCGCGUCCACGGCGACAACGUUUACCACAAAUGUGACCACAAAUUGUUUACGGUUUUCUACGGUGACGGAGAGCGGCGUUUUCCAGUGUCUCCCAGAGUAAAAUAAAAGCUAUUUUCACAACUGUUUUAUACCAAAACCAAAAAAACAAAAAAAAACAAAAAAAAACCCCACUUGAGCGACGAGGGACUUUUGACUUCCUGUUUUCGUAUUAACCUCAGCACAUCCAAGGCCGAUCCCAGGGUUCCACACCAGGAUUUUCUAUCGACUAAAGUCACAUUCCAGGCGACGGAGGUUUUCGUACAUUUCAGUCAGUGAUCGAGGUGCUAAACCGGCGCUUUUUCGGUUUUUAGCCCGGUUCGAGUCAAGUUCAGGUGGAAAAA